AUGGCAAAGAAGACCAGGGUCGUCAUAUUGAGGGUCCCGAGAGAGAAGCUAGCAGCCAUCGCAGGCAUAUCGCUUCCAUCUCCAGAACCAGCGACACCCUCAUCAGCUCCACAAUCACCUGCGCCUGCCAGCAGUGACACCGCAACACUCAAGCAAGAGCCCUCGAUCGAUCAAGCAUCAGAAGGCAAUUUGACACCUGCGCCGGGAGCGGAUGCAUCAACACCCAAGAAGAAGACAGGCAAUGGCUCUAUUGCUGCAGCAAAGCGUGCGAUCGGUCAGACCAAUGGAGACUCGAGGUCACGAGGAAAGCCUGGUCCCAAGAAGAAACCAAGAAACGACGAUGGCACUGUCGAUCACAGUGGCACCACCAAUGGAAGUCGGCCAGCAGGCACUGGCGGCGCCCACAAGCUCAAUCCAAAGACCAAUGCUGGUGCCAUCAAUGCCAACCUCAGAGCACUUGACCGGUCCGGCAAACCAUGUCGACGCUGGGAACGAAAGGGCUUCACUGUCAAGAGCUUCACUGGCGUCAGCUGGGACAUGCCUUCCUGGAAAGGUGGUGAGAAGCCCGUUGUUCUCAACGGCAAUGGGUCGAGCGACGCAAAAGAUACCUCACAGAUCAGCAGCAGCGAUGCCAAGCCCAACGGCAAGGACAGUGAUGUCGCCAUGAGCAACACUGGAGAUGUCCCAGCGUCGGAGACUCCUGCUGCGGAUCCAAUGGCCAUAUCGACGCCAGUUGCUAGCUCACCACCUUCGGCCCCCAUCAUACCUGUCGUCAAUGUCGUCGCUGCCCAGAGCUAG